AGAAGCAGACUGUGUGGUGAAACUCUUCUCCCUCCUGCCGCAGACCAGGCCUCUUCACCAUGGGGAGGAUUGCCAAGGAAACGGCAGGUCAGAUCAUCAGCUUCAUCGGCUUCGUUGGUGUGGCGGUGACCUGCGGGAUCCCCAUGUGGAGGGUGACCAGCUUCAUCGGAGCCAACAUUGUGACAGGCCAGCUCAUUUGGGACGGUCUGUGGAUGAGGUGUGUAAUGCAGAGCACGGGGCAAAUGCAGUGCAGGCUGAAUGAGUCCGUGAUGAGCCUGUCCAGGGAUCUGCAGGCUGCCCGAGCCUUGGUCAUCAUCUCCCUCAUCUUCGCCUUCAUCGGCUUCAUGCUCAGCUUCAUCGGAGCAAAGUGUACCAGCUGUCUGAAGAGAGACUCAUCAAUGGCCAAGGUGGUGAUCUUAUCAGGAUGUCUGAUCAUCGCUGCUGCUAUCAUUCUCCUGAUCCCCGUCUGCUGGUCUGCAGCCGUGACCAUCACAGAGUUUGAGGACCCCCUCACUGUGAACACGCAGAGGAGAGAAAUAGGAGCUGCCAUCUACAUCGGCUGGGCCUCUGCUUUAAUUCUCCUCAUAGGUGGGAUUAUCCUCUGCACGUCCUGCCCUCCAAACAAGCCGAUUUAUGGAUACCAACCAGGCUACCAGCCACCAGUGUACCCUUAUGCAGCCACAAACCCACCGACCUACAGCCCCGUGUAUGUUCCUCCAUCCAGCCGAGCAUACACAGGCAGCGUCUCAUACGCACCCACCAAACCUUACGCAGCACCAACCGCCUACUCUCCUCGACAGUUUGUCUAAAAAACUGACAGAUCACUAAGAGGGUAAAGACUGAGAUCACUGCUACGGUGACUUCAGGGACUUUUUAUACUAAUAGAAACACGUGCUGUAUUUGUAGAGAACUGUUUAUGCUCUGCUUUAUACACUGUUGUGAUUCAGAGUUUGUCAAUGAAACAGCCCAGUGAUCUGUGAAUUUAAGAAAUCUUUGAUAGAAAUGAUUCUUCUUUUAGAUUGAUUUUGUGUUCUAAAGUAGAAAUCUUUCUAUUGAUAGAAGUGUACCAUUAUGUAGACUUGGUUGUUAAGGCUGCUUUGCUUUUUAGGAGGAAGUCAAUAUCAUUUUUUUUAA